AUGGGCGAAAUUGCAAAUGAAACGCCGUCCACACGGGUUAAGUGGAGCCUUAUGCGUGUUGGCACCGAGCUGCGCACGCAUGACCAAGGAGUCCGUUUUGCGGAGGAAAACGGUUUAAUACCGAGAGAGCAAUUGUGCCCUGUACACAAGGUUCCAAAGAAAGUAUUGCGCGAGGACUAUACUAAUGAGGGGAAAACUUUGUCAUCUGCAACAAUAUCAGACUGGUAUAGUUAUUGCCGAGAGGUCGUGGUAAUAUACCAGUGGGACCACCAAUAUGAACAAGGAAAAAUUGGUGGUCCGGGAAAAACUGUUCAGAUCGACGAAAGUAAAUUUGGUCGGCGAAAGUACAAUAAAGGCAGGCGCGUAGAGGGACACUGGGUCCUUGGGAUGAUUGAAGAUGGUAGCGAGGUCAUACGCCUCGAAGUAUGUCCUGACAAUCUUCGAACGGCGGACAUUUUAAUACCUUUGAUACAGAAGCACGUGGCUGAAGGAAGCGUAAUUCGGACGGACUGCUGGCGGGCAUAUAACGCAUUACCAAAUUUCGGUGAAACGUUUUUUUACAAAGACAAUUAUAAUCACACCGCCAACUUCGCCGACGUCAUCGUCGAAUAUAUGUGGCGGCGAUCUAUUAAAAAAGAAGGAAAAGAUCCAUUUGUAGCAUUAAUAGAUGCAUUUAAAUAUGUAUAUACAUUGCACUGA